AUGACAACGAAAGCAAACGUUUCUGUUAUAUCUGUCCCUUAUGGGCAUGUGGUUGGAAAUGAGAAGUGGAGAGGAUCAGAGAUAGCCCAGAGGCUACAAGGGAAAAUUAGACUUCUCUUUGAAGAUGGCUUGGGACUUGUGGAUUUUCAUCUUUCAAACAGGACUUGCAUUUUAUAUAUUUCUGAAGCAGAUUUGGUUGCAGGGGAUGAAUUCAAACGAAAAUUGGUUCGGUUUAGAAACGCCAGCAGUCUCAGGGGAAUUGUAAUUGUAGAGAAAACCCCAAUAACUGAUCAGUACUUCUUGGCAGUACAAAAGCUUGUUAUGCUAGAACUUGGAAUGGUGUUGCUUCCUGUGGCAAAUCAAGGAGAAGCUUCUCAACUUAUUACUCAGCUAGUCCGUGAACAAAGUAAGGAUCACAGCAGCAACCCCUUUCUUCGUAAACAGCGUUCUCAGCUGGCAGAGCCAUCAGUGUUUAGGACAGUGCAACAAAUUCCAGGAGUUGGGAAAACGAAAGCUCUGCUUUUACUGCAACAGUUUGGAAGCAUCCACCGGCUUUGUAAUGCAUCUGUCAGCGAGCUUGAGCAAGUGGUUGGACAAACGGUAGCACAGCAAAUACACACUUUUUUCUCUUCCUGA